AUGGAGCUUAAGGUGCUCUCUCAUCUCGACGUAGCACGGAUACAAUUGUAUCAUUUUCGUGCAAUAAUUGUAGCAGGCAUGGGUUUUCUCACCGACGCCUACAACGUAUUUUGCAUCCCUCCCAUUUCCAACCUAUUGGAAAAGCUGUAUUACGGUGGUAACAUGUCUCUUGCAACGAGUACCGCCGUAAAUGGAAUCGCUCUCUGUGGAAUACUGGUAGGCAACAUUUUCUUUGGCCGGCUGGGUGACAGAAUGGGCCGCAAGAACGUCUACGAAAUCACUCUCAUCUUAAUCAUGGGUGGUUCAUUUGGCUCUGGCUUCUCACUGGGCAAGUCACCCAGAUUAGUAGUGGCUACCUUAUGUUUUUUCAGGUUUUGGCUGGGCGUUGGUAUAGGCGGCGACUAUCCAUUGUCUGCCACAAUUAUUGCCGAAUACGCGAACACGAAAAGCAGAGGAGCUUUCAUGUCCGCUGUGUUCGCAAUGUAUAGCGUUGGAAUGCUGGCAGCAAGUGGAGUCGCUAUGGUCGUCUCUGCCCGUUUUAAAGGUCUAUACCCGAAUCAAUCGCUCGGGGAGAAGGACAUCUUGUGGAGGAUUCUCUUGAUGCUCGGAGCCGUCCCGGCUGUUGUAACAUUUUACUGGCGAAUGAAAGUACCGGAGACCGCUCGCUUCACGGCGCUCGUGGCUAGAGACGUCGACAAGGCGGCAGCGGACAUGUCGAAAGUUCUAGCCAUAAGCAUUAAUGACGAUGAAGCAGAUGUUAUAAGAAUCCGCUCCAGCAGGCCGUCUUUUAGAUUGUUUUCCAAGGCUUUUAUGAAAUUGCACGGCAAACACUUGGUGGGAACAAUGUCAUCCUGGUUUUUCUUAGACCUUGCAUUCUACGGGAGCAAUUUGUAUCAGAAAGAACUAUAUUCAUUUGUUGGAUGGUUGAAAAAGCCGGAGGAGUACGAAAAUCCGGUGGAUGAAGUUUUUCACAUAGCAAGAGCGCAGGUGUUGAUUACUUUAUGUGGGACACUGCCGGGAUGCUUGGCCAACGUUUUUCUUAUAGACCGUUUUGGGCGAUUCAAGAUCCAGUUAUUUGGGUUCUUACUUGUGUCAGUAUGGAUAACCGCUAUCGCUCUUCCGCUUGACACAUACUGGCAGGAUCCAUCAAAUAAAAUUGGGUUUCUAGCCAUAUAUUCGUUGGCAUGUUUUUUCUUGACGUUUGGACCCACCAGCACAACCUUCAUCGUCCCGGAAGAGUUAUUCCCUGCUCGCCUGCGAUCGACCUGCCAUGGCCUCUCUGCUGCGGCUGGAAAAGUAGGCGGCUUGAUUGGAACGUUUGGGUUCGUGUUUGCAUCUACAAAGCUAGGCCCAAAGAAAACCCUUCUCCUUCUUGCAGUUGGAAGCUUUUUGGGUUUUCUGUGCACAUUUCUGAUUCCGGAAACGAUGGGAAGAUCGUUAGAAGAAAAUGAGAGAGAAAUUGGGUUAUCGGAGAGUGACAGCUCGCAUGGUUAUAGCAUACACACGACUGCAGAUACGAGUGACUCUUCUCGUAUCUACGGUAGUGGCAACCUUAAACUGCAACGUACACAUGACUCUUCCGGAGAUCCAAUUGCAAAUUCAAGUGAGAUGCUUCAUUCCCCACAAAAUAGAGUUCAUUAUUGA